AUGGCUGGCAAGUGCGUUCACAAGGGCUGUGGGAAGACCUUCUCCGACCCGGAGGAAGCUUGCGUGUAUCAUCCGGGCCCGCCGGUGUUCCACGAAGGGCAAAAAGGAUGGAAAUGCUGCAAACCCCGCGUCUUGACCUUUGAGGAAUUCCUCGAGAUCCCGCCAUGCACCACGGGCAAGCACUCUGAAAUCGACGACACACCGGCUCCCGAACCCCCCAAGGUCGUCGAGGAGCCUCCGGCGCCUGCGCCUGCUCCUGCGCCCGCCAUCUCUGAACGCCCUCCCGUUUCCCCCGCUAUUGCCCCUCCGACACCCCCCGCAAAGCCGCAAGUUGAGGAGCCCGAUUCCGAUGACCCCGAGCUGGAGAUCCCCGCCAAUGCGACCUGCCGUCGCAGAGGGUGUGGCAAGUCUUAUGAUGGUUCUAUUGCGCGCGAGGAGGAGAAGUGUGUGCACCACCCGGGCCAGCCAGUCUUCCACGAAGGUAGCAAGGGUUGGUCUUGCUGCAAGCGCCGGGUGUUGGAAUUCGACGAGUUCCUGAAGAUUCCUGGCUGCAAUGAGAAGACUAAGCACAUGUUUGUCGGCAAGGCUAAGCCGCCGGGCGAGGAGAAGGUUGAGAGCGUCCGGAGCGACUUCUACCAAACCCCAUCCUCUGUGAAUGUCUCUCUCUACUUGAAAAAGAUCGACAAGGAGCGCGCCCGCGUCGACUUGUCCGCCAACACGAUCACCUUCGACCUGCCUACCUCCGACAACAAGCGUUAUCAAGACACCUACAACCUCUUUGCCCCAAUUGACCCGGAGCAGUCGAGCUUCAAGGUGCUGGGCACGAAGUUGGAUCUCACGUUGGUCAAGGCGGAUGGUACUAGCUGGCCGGUUUUGCGCAGCGAUGACAAGUGGUCUGGCCAGCGCAUCCAGGUUGGCAACGCCGGACGGGCAUGA